CAUCGUAGACAUCCAGCGCAAGCGGUGUGUGCACAGGGCACGCAGGCUUCUUCAGGGACCCUGCACAUCCAUAGUAGCGACCAGCUACUACACUCACGUGAAAGUGUGCGCGCAAGAGUCAAUGAAUGUCUGCGCGACUGCCUCUUUCUGUGGUAGAAGUUCCUUUCAACAGCCAAACGUCGCUAUUGUACCUACAAGUUAUACCGGGACAAAUAGGGACAGAGCAAACAGACAAAGAUGAAGGACAGGCAGAAGACUUGCAGACCGACAUGGACUCAAGUGCCACUGGGCCCAAGACGGUUCCUCAAGCCUGUGUCGACACAGGACAAUCACUUCUGUAGGACAAAGCGGGAUUUGUUUGGGCUAACAAGGACAAAUGGAGACUGAUGAACGAUCCAACAGGGAAUGAUGACCAGAUCCAACAGGGGACAGUGACCAGAUCCAACAGGGGACGGUGACCAGAUCCAACAGGGGACGGUGACCAGAUCCAACAGGGAAUGAUGACCAGAUCCAACAGGGGACGAUUACAAGAUCCAACAGGGAAUGAUGACCAGAUCCAACAGGGGACGGUGACCAGAUCCAACAGGGGACGAUGACCAGAUCCAACAGGGGACGGUGACCAGAUCCAACAGAGGACAGUGACCAGAUCCAAAAGGGGACGAUGGCCAGAUCCAACAGGGAAUUAUGACCAGAUCCAAAAGGGGACGAUGGCCAGAUCCAACAGGGGACAGUGACCAGAUCCAACAGGGAAUUAUGACCAGAUCCAAAAGGGGAUGAUGGCCAGAUCCAACAGGGAAUUACGACCAGGUCCAACAGGGGACAAUGGCCAGAUCCAAUAGGGGACAGUGACCAGAUCCAAUAGGGGAUGGUGACCAGAUCCAAUAGGGGAUGGUGACCAGAUCCAUCACUGAAUGAUGACCAGAUCAAACAGGGGACAAUGACCAGAUCCAACAGGGUACGAUUACCUGAUCCAACAGAGAAUGAUGACCAGAUCCAAAAGGGGACAGUGACCAGAUCCAACAGGGAAUGAUGACCAGAUCCAACAGGGAACGAUGACCAGAUCCAACAGGGGACGAUUACAAGAUCCAACAGGGAACGAUGACCAGAUCCAACAGGGGACGAUGACCAGGAUCACCAUGGAGAGAGGCUGCUUCUCACCAGGACCCAUUGGAGGAGGGGUCUGAGACGAGGGCUAUCUCUUUGAGAAGGAGAUGACUAGAGGACACAAGGAGUUUGAGUUUGUAUCCACACACACACAGUCACAUGAAAAUGUUUCAUCAUCUGAUUUACACACGUAUGUAGAUGCUAAUUCCACUGGCUUGCAGAGCGAAAACCCUCUGAGUUGAGGCACAGGGAACAGGUGAGACUGGUGAAGCUCUACAACGCAGUAGAUAAACACACACACACACACGCGUUUGGAUCGCCUCAAGUACACACAGAAGUGGAUCACACAAACACACACACUGGUUGAUACCAAUUAGAGAGAGAGGGUCCACAUUUGGAGUGUCUCCCCCCCAUCAUCAAAGAGAAUAAUUCAGGCCCGUCUUUAUUUGAUUAUGGCCAGUCUCUGUGACCCUGUGGUGGUGGCAGCCUGCAAUACACACACACACACACAAACGCACACACACAUACGCACAUACUCACACACGCAAACACACAAACGCACGCACACGCACAAACACACGCACACAAUUCCUUGCCCCAAUUAGCUCUAGCAUCUGGAGUCUAUUGAUAUGUUGUCAUAGUGUCGAGAGGGAGGAAUUCAUAAUGUUUGCAUCUCAAUCCCAAGGAAUGAUUCAGUCGGUUCAUUAAUAUUUGAUGACUGCUUCUUAAAGCCAGGUAUCAAGUUACCUAGGAUACCUACCCCAGCCCCCACCUCACAGCCCAAGGGGUACAACAUUUGGAGGCACUGCUGAGAGAUACUCUUCGGAGGGCAGUCGUCACUUACCUGGCCGACACUUCCUGAUGCAGUACAUCCCCUAAAACAACCCAGAUCAACAGUGGAGAGUGGAUAGAGUCCCUGCAGUAAAGGCAAGACAGAGGCAAAGAACCAGAAACCUGAGGCCACAGAGAUCAUCAGGUGAAACCAAAGUUCAGUCAGUCUCAAGUAAGCCCCAACUCAGUGGAAAGGCCCACUCUAUUGUCAAAAUGGAGACAACGGUGCUAGGACAUACAAGUUGAAAUUAUCGCCAUGCUAAACCCAUUACCCAAAGAAAAGCUUCUUAGUGUUUGUGAGUUCCUUAGAAUAGCAGAUCAAGAGAAUAUUUCAUCUAAAUCUCGCAUGUCUUUGAUCUCUCAAAUUCUUCAACAUCUCGAAGAAGACAUGACGGAACUAGAAGAUGGCGGCAUGUCUGUACUGUUAAGCCUGAGAGAUCAAAUUAUAGAAGUAAAUACAGUCACUGAAAAGGAGACCGCAGGGCCAAGUGAAGUCACAGAAAAAGAUGGAUUGCAAAGGGAGUUAGAUGAGCUAAAAAGCGCAAUGAAACUAAAAUUGGGUGAAAUUCAACAGCUGGAGGAAGUGAACACAAAACCCAGUGUUGUCCAGCCUCAGCUUGAAAUUGCUGCAUACCCACAACAUUUAGUGAAUACCCAACACCCCAGCCCACCUUGGCGCAAAGAUUUCAAAAUUUCUGGACAAAUUGGUGACCCAGGUAAAAAAGAUAAAUUAUUUUUUUCAAGUUUAGCACACCAAAUUCGUGCCAUUUCCCCAGGCUUACAGUUAAGAAGCUAUCUAGAAGGAAAAUCAAACCUGACUCUACCUACCUUAAGACGAAUUCUGCGCUCUCACUUCCAAGAAAAAAGUGCAACUGAACUUUAUAAACUACUUACCUCUGAAUGCCAAGGAAACAAAGACACACCACAGAAUUUCCUUAUGCGUGUUCUUGACCUGCGCCAGAAAAUCCUGUUUGCAUCCCAAGAAGCAGAAUCAGGCCUCAAAUAUGAUCCAGCAUUAGUUCAAAGCAUGUUCUUACAUACUGUACUCACCAGUCUCCAAAGUGAAAGCAUAAAAGUAGACAUGCAGCCCCUACUUCUGGACCCCAAAACCACUGAUGAGGCUCUGUUGGAGAAAUUAAACAAUGCUUGUGCUAACGAGGCAGAAAGACAAAAGAAAAAGAAAACCAAUGUGCAGCACACACCUACAGUUGUCCAUGCAGUUAAGUCCAGAGGUGAAGUGACUGAGAAGAAACCAGUGUGUGUGACUCAAAGUGUGCAGAAAUCAUCUUUCGACGUGCUAUACGAAGAGCUGAGAACUGAUGUAGCUUCACUAAAAACACUCAAUGCUGAAAUAGCUCACAUCAGGGAAUCAUUGUGGCAACCAGCCUUUGCCUCACCACAAUUUCCCAUUCCUUCACAGAGAACGUCUGACAGAGAAAUUGUUCAGUGUCAAGUGCAGCCCUAUUGGACAUCACCGGGUGCCAACCAAACAAGAGUAAACACUCAAUUUCAACUGCAGUAUAUGCCUUGGCAGUAUUAUGCACCGACUCCUCGUUCCCAAACAAGAAAGUGCUUCAAAUGUUAGCAACAAAGAACAGAGGACCAUUGCAUGCAUUGUUUUCGAUGUGGCAGUGGUGAGCACUUCCAAGCGGGAUGCAGAAUUUGUGGCAUUAAGCCUUCAAGAGAGACUCCUUUAAACGGAGACUGGUUACUUCCGCGGGACAGGGAGUAACCAGAUCUACUGAUCAGUCCCGGGGAUGUGCAGCCUGUGGAAGGACAGAUAGGCAGAUGAAGCAGUGUUCACAAUGUAAAAAAAUACUGUAUUGUUCUAAGACCUGCCAAACUCACCAUUGGGCUGAACAUAAGUAAAUUUGCAUCAACGUAACAAGAUCAGCGUCAAACUUCUCUAUGACAAUGAGUAUUCACACCCCUUGCAGCACCCAGGUUAACCAGCAUUACCCAGUGACGUCAUUAGUUGGGAGGCAAUGUCUCGUUGAAUGUUACCUGCACGGCCAACGAUUUCAAGCACUGUGGGACACUGGCUCUCAGGUAUGUGUCAUUGAUGAAGUGUGGAAACAGGAGUACUUACCAGAAGUACCCUUGAGGGAUGUGUCUGACAUUCUUGAGGCUCCAAAUACGUUGAACCUUGUAGCUGCCAACGGCAUUGAUAUGCCCUAUAUUGGGUAUGUUGAAGUGACAUUCAAAUUAUCAUCACAUGCAACUCACGAAGCUGAACUUAUCAUUCCUGUGCUCGUAGCAAGGGGUCAAAACCUCUCCCACCCUCUCAUAGGUUUCAAAUCGUGAACUCCAUUGCACAGGCACAACCAAACACCGCAAAUAACAACAUACUUGAGAGAACUGUGAAAACUGCAUUCCCCAGCCUAAAGAGGAGCAAAGUCCAGGCAUUCAUUCAACUUCUGAGUGCAGAAAGCUCAAGUGAAUACACAGUAAAGACCACAAAAGGGCAUGUUAACAUCCCCAAACGUAGUACUGUGCAGGUCUCAUGCCGAGUGUAUAUACAGCCAGUUAAAGAGGACAGCACGUUCAUUUUUUAACCUGAUGUGAAUCACCAGUGGCCGGAAGGGCUUGAGUUCACAGACAGUCUAGUGAGGCUGACAAAAGGGGCUCCAACAAAUAUCACAAUUGAGGUGUACAAUGACACUGACCAUGAUGUACCUCUUAUGGGCCAGACUCCGAUCGCUACAGUACAGCUUGUCAAGAAUGUCCUACCUGCUAGUAUGUUGGAGGUGCCAGCAAACCCUACCUCUGUUGGAGUAUGUCACAUCCAGGCUGCGGAUAACUGUCGUGACCACACCAGCACAGAUGAAUGGGACCCGCCCGUCGAUGUCAGCCACUUGAGUAAAUACCAGAGACAGGUAGUACAGCAAAUGCUAAGAGAAGUAUGCCAUUCAUUUUCUAAGUCAGACGAUGACAUUGGGUGCAUCAGAGAUUUGCAAUUGAGUAUCUCACUUAAAGAUGAGGAGCCAGUCAGUCGCAGUUACUUGUCUGUGCCAAAACCCCUGUAUCGUGAGAUGAAAUAAUAUUUGCAUGACCUCAUAGCACAAGGAUGGAUUGAAAAAUCCAACUCAUCAUAUUCAUCUCCAAUCGUGUGCGUAAGAAAGAAAGAUGGCAGCCUUCGUUUAUGCAUUGAUCAUAGAGACUUAAACCGAAAGACUCAACCAGAUAGACAACCGAUUCCAAGAGUUCAGGAUAUCAUGGACAGCCUUGGUGGCAAUUCUUGGUUCUCAUCAUUACACCAUGGGAAGGCCUACCACCAGGGGUUCAUGUCAAGGGAAAGUAAGCACCUAACGGCUUUCGUGACACCCUGGGGUCUAUAUGAAUGGGUGCGAAUUCCUUUUGGGCUGAUGAAUGCUCC